AGUUGGUUUGCGUCAGGUGAAAGUCGUACGGUACUCAGCGGAGGAAAAGUUGUUUCGUUUAGAAAUGAAACGUUUGUCAACAUCUUAAAUUAUAAAUGUUGAAUAAUAAGAUUUACAACUUCAACAUCACCAGGUAAACAGCAGCAAUGAAGAGUCUCAAAUACCGACUGAAAAAGCAUGAAGUUACGCUCACAAACACAGACUGGAACAAGUAUGACGACCGGCUGAUGAAGGCGGUGGAACGGGGCGAGGUGGACAAGGUGGCGGCCGUGCUCAGCAAGAAGGGCAUCAUCCCCACCAAGCUGGACAUGGAGGGACGAUCCGCGUUCCACCUCUCUGCAACCAGGGGCCACCUGGACUGUCUCAAUCUCAUCCUGGGCCACAGCGUUGACCUCACAGCCACCGAUGCCACCGGUAAAAACGCCCUUCAUCUAGCUUCCAGAAAUGGCCAGUCGCUUUGUGUGCAGAAGCUAUUGCAGCACAACUGUCCUGUGGGGAAUGUGGACUUGCAGGGGAGGACCGCUCUACACGACGCUGUGAUGGCAGGCUGCUCCUCUAGCGUCAAACUACUGUGUGACAGCGGGGCCUCUGUAAACGCAAGUGAUUUUGAUGGGCGGACUCCUCUGGUGCUGGCUACCCAGAUGUGCCAUCCACACAUCUGCCGGCUGCUGUUGGAGCGAGGGGCCGACAUCGCCAUCCGUGACAAACAGAACAAGACCGCUCUGACCCUGGGCUGUGAGUAUGGCUGUAAGGACGCGGUGGAGGUCCUUCUGAAGAGCGGCGCCGAUGUGACUGCCGUGGACAGCUUUGGCCACGACUGUUUCCACUACGCCCGCCUCAGCAAGAACCAGGAGCUGGUCAGCCUUUUCAAGACCUACCUCGACAACGUCACCAAAGCAAAAGAAGCUGCCAAGAUGGAGCAGAAAAAGCGACAGCACUCAGUGGAGAUGACUGAACAGGCCGAAGCCAACGUGAGGGACCUGGAGAGACAGAACGAGAGCCAGCAGGAGACUCUGAGGAAGUUUCACCUGGAGCAGAGGACUCUGAUGGACAAGGUCAAACUCCUGCAGCAGCAGCUCAGCCAGGAAAAACAUACAGUGGAAUGCAUCCAUAAAGAGAGGGAACAGCUGAAGCUCCUACUGAGUGCCAAAGACAGGGAGGAGGGGGCUCGGGCCCCAGAGACUGUCAAGGUUCAGCUCAGGAGCCACAUGGGGGACUACUCUGGCCAGUCUGUUAUCAAAGGAAAAGACAAUGUCCUCGUCAAACAAUCUCACAGCCUGGAUUCAGCGCAGGUGCUGCAGUCGACCGGUCUUUCACACUCACUGUCCCGUCCCCUGGAGCUUGCGGGACGUCCUGGUGUGGGCUGGGACCCAGUCGAGGAGGUGGAGGCCCUGCGGUGCGAGCUGGAGACGGUGAGGAGGCGGCAGCAGACUGCCGAGGAAGAGGCUCUUCGCCUGCAGGCGGCACUGGCCCGCAAAAGCCAGGAGUGCCAAGAGCUGGUCCAGAGCCGGGAGACCAUCCAACGGCAGGCAGACCGGCAGGUCCAGGAGCUGGAGGAGGCACUGGGGGACGUCCAGAUGAGGAUGCUGGACUCUGAAGCCAAGGUCAAGCAGCUCCAGGCCCACGUGGUGGCGGUCAAGGAGCACCUAGGAGGCCAGGCGGCCGACGAGCUCCGUGCCCAGCUCCACGAUGUCAAGGCCAAGUACGAGGGCGCCUCGGCCGAGGUGGGGCGUGUGCGUAACCACCUGAAGCAGAGUGAGAAGGCCCUGGAGGAGUACAAGAGCAGCGAGGGCCAACUGGCGGUGGAGGCAGAGCGGCUGGGCCUGGAGCUGACCGCCUUGCGGGAGGAGCGGGAUGAGCUGGCAGAGGCUGUGCUGGACAUGGAGGCCCUCAUUAAGGAGUCCCGGGCACGGCAGGGAGAGAAGGUUGUGCCGGCAGAGAAGUUCGACAACAUGAAGAACCUGCUGAGCAAUGCGGUGGAUGAGAAGGAGCGUCAGCUGGCAGAGCUGCGGGAGGACUAUGACCGUGUGCUGGAGGAGGUGGCUGAGCUACACAGGGAAAUGGACAGCCAGCAAACCCAGGCCGGGACAGGGGCGGUCCCCCUGCAGGAGCAUGAGAGGAUGAGGACGACCCUGGAGGAACAGAGUUCCUCCAUGAAGAGGAGGCUGGCGGACAUAACUGCCAAGAGCCAGGCACUGAUCCGCCAGGUAGAGGAGAGCGAGGAGGAGCGGGAGAUGCUCCAGGAGCAGCUGGAGGAGCUCAACAGCAGGGUGGAGGCCAACUUCAUCCCCCUCAAGGCCCAUGAAGAGGCCAAGAGCGCCCUGGAGAGAGCUGUGGAGAAGCUGGAGGAGAGGCUGGUGGAGGCCGCAGAAAGGAACGGCCAGGCCGAGGUGCAGAUCCAGAGGCUACAAACGGAGAGGGUCACCCUGUGUGAGAGUGUCACCAGCCUACAGAGCGCUACCGUGCCCUCUGAGAAGUUCCGGAGCGAAGUGGGUGCCCUGAAUGCUCGCAACGCUGAACUGGUGAAGGAACUGGAAGUGCUCCAGAAGAGGUUUGAAAGAGAGAAGGAGCUCGCCCAGGUCACUGCCAAGAACCAGUCUCUGAAACAGAGCCUAAAUGGAGAGUACGUGUCCAGAGAGAAACAUGAGCAAGUGAAUUCGGAGCUGAGUGCUGCUUUGGAGAAGGCCAAGGCUGAGCUCUCCAAAGUGGAGAAGGAGAGCAAAGAAAGUGAGGAAGAGUUGCAGAAGGUGAAAGAGGGUAGUGCAGAGUUGAAAGAGAAGCUGGAGAAUGUUCAGGUGAUGAUAGAAAAUGACUAUGUGUGUCUUAUAGACCAUGAAGCUGUAAGGGUUAAGUUGAGCAAUGCUGUUGUUGAGGCGGAGCAUCGUGCCAAAGAGGCGUUGGCAAGCUACCAGUCUGCCCAAGAUGGGACAGUAAAGCUUCACCAAGAAAUGGAGGCGCAGAAGAAAGAACUCGACACCAUCCAGGAAGCUAUCCAGGCCAAGUUUGUCCCGUUGACUGCCAUAGAGGAGAGGGAGAACUCCUACAACACCAAGCUGAAAGACUUGACAGGAAAGCUCUCGGAGAUGCAAGAGAAGUACAACCAGGAGAAGUUGGACGGGGAACGUCACAAGCAGGAGAAAGAGAAACUGAAAGUGCAGAUGGAGUCUGUGCAGCAGAGAAUGGAGACAGGCGCCAGUAAAAAGCACAAGGAGGUGGAAGAUGAGUACAGGGGUAAAAUGGAGGAGCUGACACUGAGGUUGGUAGACCUAGAGCAGCAGUACAAAGACGUGACUGUGCAGAGGGCCGAGCUGGAGGAGCAGAACGCCCUGUGUAACACUGACAUCCAGAGCCUGCAGCAGCGCCUGGAAUCCGAGUCAACCCGGCUGGAACACUAUGAGGCCGAGCACCAAGCCCUGAGGGGCACCAUCCACCAAGCCCAGGACGAGUGCCAGAAAGCCAGGGAGGCCCAGCGUGGGGAGGCCCAGAGAGCCUGCGCCUUGGAGAAGGAGCUCCAGGGAUGCUCCGGGGACCAGGCCGUCCUCCUGCAGCAGCAUGCUCAGGCCAAGGAGGCCCUGGAGGGGCAGGUGGCCCAGCUACUUGCUUCCCUUCGCCAGGAGCAGGAGACCAGCGCCCAGAGGGCCCAGAACGUGGCAGCCCUGCAGUCAGAGCUGCUCCGGGCCACCCAGGCCCUGGACGAACUCGGAGGAAGAGAGGACCAGUUGAGCCAGCUGAAGGCCGAGAAGCAGCGUCUGCAGGAAGAGACAGCGGCGUUGGGGAGGCUAUCUGGGCUGGCGGAGCAGUGCGAGGUGCUCCACCAUGAGGUGGCCCAGGCCAGGGAGGACGAGGGCAGGGCCAGAGAGGACAAGUCCAGGGCCAGGGUGGAAACUGAGGCCCUGCAGGAGAAGAGCAACACCAUGGAUAAGGAGAUCCGGGAGCUGAAAGAGAGGUACGAGGAGUCGCUCAGCACCAUCGGGGAGUUUCAGAGGAGGAUCCAGAUGUCGGCGGAGCAGACCGAGGUCAAAGACAAAAAGAUCAGCGAGUUGCUGACGGACGUGGAGAGACUGAAACAGGCCCUCAAUGGUCUGUCCCAGCUGGCGUACGCUGGCAACGCUGCACCCAAUAAGAGACAGAUGCAGCACAUAGACACACUCCAGGCCCAGAUCAAGAGCCUGCAGCAGCAGCUGGCUGAUGCUGAGAGUCAACACAGAGAGGUGGUUUCAAUUUAUAGAACUCAUCUCCUCAGUGCAGCACAGGGCCACAUGGAUGAGGACGUCCAAGCCGCCCUGCUGCAGAUCAUCCGCAUGAGACAGGAGUUUGUCUGCUAAAAGUCCAUUCAGCAACAACAGAACACAACCCGCUGACUCAAAUCCACCGUUCACACAGCCCCAGCUACAGAGCACCCCCCCGCUGUGGCCCC